GGCUCCACCCCCGACGCGGAGAGGCAGGUUCCGAGGCUGCAGCACCUGGUGGAGUCUGGGUGGCGGUGACCGGCAGUUCCCGCGCGGUCGUCCAGAUGAUAAAACGAGGCUCAGAGAGGUUAUGUAACUUGCUCAAGGACACACAGCAAUCUAUCAUAAUUCAUAAAUUGGGAACAACAGUGAACAGGAAAGUGACAUUCUCGUAAACUUCAAAGUAUCAGCAUCUUUAGUUCAGCAUCCUUGGUUAUGGAGUAUAAUUCUAAGGCUUUCUGCAGAGAUUUGAAAAAUGGCAACAAAUGAAAGUGUCAGCAUCUUUAGUUCAGCAUCCUUGGCUGUGGAGUAUGUAGAUUCACUUUUACCUGAGAACCCUCUACAAGAACCAUUUAAAAAUGCAUGGAACUAUAUGUUGGAUAAUUAUACAAAGUUCCAGAUUGCAACAUGGGGAUCCUUGAUAGUUCAUGAGGUCCUUUAUUUCUUGUUCUGUUUACCUGGAUUUUUGUUUCAAUUUAUACCUUACAUGAAAAAGUAUAAAAUUCAAAAGGAUAAACCAGAAACAUGGGAAAACCAGUGGAAAUGUUUUAAAGUACUUCUCUUUAAUCACUUUUUUAUCCAGCUUCCUUUGAUCUGUGGAACUUACUAUUUUACAGAGUAUUUUAAUAUACCUUAUGAUUGGGAAAGAAUGCCAAGAUGGUACCUGCUUUUGGCAAAAUGCUUUGGCUGUGCGGUGAUUGAGGAUACCUGGCACUAUUUCCUGCAUAGGCUCUUACACCACAAAAGAAUAUAUAAAUAUAUUCAUAAAGUUCAUCAUGAGUUUCAGGCUCCAUUUGGAAUGGAAGCUGAAUAUGCACAUCCCUUGGAAACUCUGAUUCUUGGAACUGGAUUUUUCAUUGGAAUCAUGCUUUUAUGUGAUCACGUCAUUCUCCUUUGGGCAUGGGUGACUAUUCGUUUGAUAGAAACUAUUGACGUCCAUAGUGGUUAUGACAUUCCUCUCAACCCUUUAAAUCUGAUCCCUUUCUAUGCUGGUUCUCGGCAUCAUGAUUUCCACCAUAUGAACUUCAUCGGAAACUACGCUUCAACAUUUACAUGGUGGGAUAGAAUUUUUGGAACAGACUCUCAAUUUGUUGCUUACAAUGAAAAGAUGAAGAAGAUUGAGAAAAAGACUGAAUAAGUAUCUCAUCUAAACCUUCCUGAAGGUACACACUUUUCCUGAAUUGAAGCAAGUAGCUAACAUUGCUUCUGCAGAGCAGAAAUAAACAUGUGUCUUGGCUGCUAAGUGAUCCAGAGAACAUUAACAACCUUUAAUUAUCUUCCUAGUGGGAACUUUUUCUACUUUACAUAAAAACUGUGUAUGUGUAGAAAUAAGUAAAUAAGUAUUUAAGUACGAUUUUUCAUGAGGAAGUGGUAAAGGCCAUGUUGCUAACCUUACAGAAAGGUUUUAAGUAAUGGAAGAAGUAUUAAUCUGUGUCUUUCCCCAGUAAUAUCUAGGCCUGAAGUUGAAAAUUGGUCUUUAAAAUCUUCUAAAUAUAUAGUGGCCAUUUCAGAAACUCUCUUAGUAGGGUUUUGGCCUCGUAUUGAACUUGAAACAUUUUUUUGGAAUUGCCUAAACAUCGAAGUAUCAUGGGUUGAACCAUAUCAAUUGACAGUGUGAGUGAGGCUGCCGAAGCAGGAAGAGCCAGCACAGAGAACUUGACUCUUGUCCUGAGCCAGCUGGUUUGGGGUGAUUCUCUUUCUUUGAGAAGUCCUUUGGGAUUGCACUGUACUACUGGUGUCUAUAAAUUAAGGCAUUUCUGAAUUGUAAGUGGAAUACUUUAGUCUAAAGGUUUUCGGGUUACUUGAAAUUUUUAAAAAAUUGAGCUUUAUUUCUGCUAUUUACCCUUUCAUUUUUGUAUAUCAAGUUUUCAUUAUACUUAAAAACUGUAUCUUGAAACGUGAACUGACUUGCUGUAUUUGCACUUUGAACUAUUGAAAUAAAUGUGAUUUUUUUGUCCGAUUAUCCGGGUUCCAAUUUUGAA